UCCCUCGGACACAGCGGAUCACCGAUCAACGGAAGGAGCCGAAGAUGUCGGCUCGGUUAUGUGAUCAGCUGUGUCCAAUCACAGUUGAUCACAUGGGACAUGUACACUGAUCAUCAGAGCACUGAUCAGUGUGCCCUGAUGAUCAGUGUAGCCCCAGCAGUGCCACCUGUCAGUGUCCAUCAGUGCCAGCUGUCAGUGCUCAUCAGUGCCAGUGCCCGUCAGUGCCACAUAUCAGGGCCUACCAGUGCACAUCAAUGCCACAUAUCAGGGCCCAUCUCUGAGCUGCCUUUCAGUGCCACCUAUCAGUGCCAGUCAGUGCCGCCUAUCAGUGCCAUAUAUCAGUGCUGCCUUUCAGUGGCCAUCAGUGAUGCCUGUCAAUGCCCAUCAGUG